AUGGAUCUUCGCGUCGACAUCGUCGAGGCGAGGCUCUGUCUGGACCAUCGCAGCAGGCCACCAGGUAAGUUCUUCUUCAGGUAAGUGCAUUUGCUCUGUUUCUUCCUAUUGUCUGCUGAAGUUCCGUGUCGUAUGCUGCUCUUGAUGUCUGCCCUCUAUAUACUAGUCUGUCUGUGACUAGCUAGAUGAAACUCUCGAUGCCUGCUGCGACUGUCUGUCUGUCAGUCUAUGCCUUUCUCUGCUAAUAGCUAGGUGUUACGGUGCUUGACUUUGAGUGGUGCCCUCACUUUUCUCUCUGACUGAUGACUGUGUCCGCCUGUCCACUCUAGUUCUAAGUCUCAUAGCGUUAGGUUGUGUGUAUGCUCUCUCCUACUUCACUCGAUCACAUCACCAUCACCAUCAAGGUCCCAGGAUAAUUCGGGUCGUUCUCUCACUAACAAAAUGUCGUGGCCCAUAGUGUAGUCCGGCAGCCGUCUGGGAUUACCGGGCAGCCCUGUUCAGGGAUGCGUAGCCUGCACUCGCGAGGGGAGGGGCUAUACAAGGUGCCCUAAAGAUCGCUGGGAACCACGCUGUCUGUAGGCUGGCCGUGGCCGCAGACAAUACGCACACGGUCGAAAUAGCCAAAACCGAAACAACAACAACAACAAUCACUCUCUUCCUCUUCCAGCCUAUUCUUCUUCUUCUUCUCCUUCUCCUCCUCCUACUUUUCGCCGCCACAUUCCCCAGACUGGCAAGGUGAGCCCGCUCACUCUGGUAGCCUGGAAUGUUCGUUCCCUUUUAGACAAUCCGAGGAGCAACCGACCGGAACGGAGGACGGCGCUUGUGGCUGGACUAUGUCCUCGUCCGGAGGCGAGAUCAGCGGGACGUGCUUGUGACGAAGGCGAUCGCGGGUGCAGACGGGUGGACCGAUCACCGCCUCGUCAUAUCGAAGAUGCGAAUUCGUCUACAGCCUCGCAUGAGACCACAAGGUAAGCGACCCCAAGGUAAGCUGAAUGGUGCCUUGUUGUCUUUGCCCGCUCAUCACCUUCAUUUCAGCAAUGAGCUAGCUCAACGGCUAGACAACCUUCCAAUCGCUGCCGACGCCGCCACUGUCGAGAACGCCCCCGUGGAGAACCGCUGGUGUCAACUGCGAGACACGGUCCAGUCGACGGCGCUCGCCGUCCUCGGUCGCUCUCCGCGCCAACACCAGGACCUGUUCGACGACAACCAUUUACCGCACGUACUUUUAGGGUGGUCAUUCCCCGAGGAUGCCGGCAUUUAA